UGGCCUUGGAGGCGUAAGUCGCCCAUGCCGCCCCUCUACCGUCCUCAAUGGCCGCGCCGACCAUCAAUCUCAUUUAACGUGUUGCCGUUUUCGUUUGCCGACUCGGAGGAAAAAAAACGACGCAGCCGCCAAUCAGUAAGCGAGAGCUGAGCUAGACAGGGGGGGAUUACAUUGACUCUAUCGUGCUUGUCUGCUGGCGAGGAAGGAGACAAAAUGCCGAAGCCGAUCAAUGUGCGGGUUACCACCAUGGAUGCAGAGCUAGAGUUUGCCAUCCAGCCAAAUACAACCGGCAAGCAGCUCUUUGAUCAGGUUGUAAAGACUGUAGGACUAAGGGAAGUGUGGUUCUUCGGCCUACAGUACGUAGACAGUAAAGGUUAUACAACGUGGCUGAAGUUGAACAAAAAGGUUACACAGCAGGAUGUAAGAAAAGAGAAUCCACUACAAUUUAAAUUUAGGUCAAAGUUUUUUCCAGAAGAUGUGUCUGAGGAACUGAUCCAAGAUAUUACACAGCGUCUGUUCUUCUUGCAAGUAAAGGAAGGUAUUCUUAAUGAUGAAAUCUACUGUCCACCAGAAACGGCAGUCCUGCUUGCUUCAUAUGCUGUGCAGGCCAAAUAUGCAGAUUUCAACAAAGAGGUCCAUAAAUCGGGUUAUUUGGCCGGUGACCGCCUCCUUCCCCAGCGUGUUUUGGAACAACAUAAGUUGACAAAAGAACAGUGGGAAGACAGGAUACAGACAUGGCAUGAAGAACAUCGAGGAAUGCUGAGGGAAGAUUCAAUGAUGGAAUAUCUCAAGAUUGGUCAAGAUCUUGAAAUGUAUGGUGUGAAUUACUUUGAAAUCAAGAACAAAAAGGGAACAGAGUUGUGGCUUGGUGUAGAUGCUCUUGGACUUAACAUCUAUGAACAUGACGAUAAAUUGACACCAAAAAUAGGAUUUCCUUGGAGUGAAAUAAGAAAUAUAUCGUUUAAUGACAAAAAGUUUGUGAUAAAACCUAUUGAUAAGAAGGCACCUGACUUUGUAUUUUAUGCACCACGUCUACGGAUCAACAAACGAAUUCUAGCACUUUGUAUGGGGAACCAUGAGCUCUACAUGCGAAGGAGGAAACCUGACACCAUUGAAGUACAACAGAUGAAGGCACAAGCCAGAGAGGAGAAACAUCAGAAGCAGUUAGAAAGGGCACAAUUGGAAAAUGAGAAAAAGAAGAGAGAACUGGCAGAAAAGGAAAAAGAGAGGAUAGAACAUGAGAAGGAAGAGCUUAUGGAAAGACUUAGACAAAUUGAAGAACAGACUUUAAAGGCCCAGAAAGAACUAGAAGAUCAAACUCGGCGAGCUUUAGAACUUGAGCAGGAGAGGAAAAGAGCUAAAGAGGAGGCUGAGAGACUAGAGAAAGAGCGUCGUAAUGCAGAAGAAGCGAAAGCUGCCUUGGCCAAACAGGCUGAAGAUCAGAUGAAGAAUCAAGAGCAAUUGGCAGCUGAACUUGCUGAAUUCACUGCCAAAAUUGCACUUCUGGAGGAUGCCAAGAAGAAGAAGGAAGUAGAGGCCACUGAAUGGCAGCACAAGGCAGUCACAGCUCAGGAAGAUUUGGAAAAAACCAAGGAGGAGUUGAAGAUUGUGAUGACAGCUCCUCCUCCUCCUCCUCCCCCACCUCCUCCAUUUGUUGUUCCACAAGCUGAGAACGAGCAUGAUGACGAACAGGAUGAGAACAAUGCUGAAGCCAGUGCUGAACUCUUAUCAGAAGGAGUAACAAACCACCGCAGUGAGGAGGAGCGCAUCACUGAAACACAGAAGAAUGAACGUGUAAAGAAACAACUGCAGGCAUUAAGUUCUGAAUUGGCCCAUGCACGGGAUGAGACGAAGAAGACUGUGAAUGAUGUCAUCCAUGCUGAGAAUGUUAAGGCAGGUCGUGACAAAUACAAGACCCUUCGACAGAUACGGCAAGGCAACACAAAACAGCGCAUUGAUGAGUUUGAAGCUAUGUGAGAGUGCAGUUACUUUAUAAUGUUCUUUAAAACAGCUGAACCACUACCAGAGGAACAAGUGGCAUUCUAGAACUAUAGCAUUAAUAUGCCUUGCCAAAGUAUUGUAUCUAUUAGACCCGUGGGAGUUGGAUGUACAUUUUUUUAAGGUAGUUGGUAACUGCCCUUCAUGCAUUUUGCAGCACAACAAUUAACUGCUCUUAACUGGAGUUAUUCAGAAAAUACUGUUGCUUUUGUUGAACAGGCAUGUUUAAUUUCAGUAAAAUGCAUGUGUGAAGUUGGCUUAUCAACUGUAGCUUUUCUUAAAGUUGUAUAAAGUUAGUAUAACUAUUUAGCAUUUGAGCAAUCAGCCUUAAAUGGCAAAGCCUGCACAAUUCAGGUCUAAAUUUCAGUGACCGAAAUGUAAUAUCACCUGCUUACAGUAAAGUAUCAAACUGAAUAUCUUUAAGGUUGGUGUUUCAUGUCUUAUCAUCAUAGAUGGUUUUCUUUGCCUACCUGUUCACAAAGACUUAAAUGAUAAUAGACUAGCUAGAAACUAUUCCAUCAAGACGGCAAAGGCUUUGUUUACAUAGAUCAAAUUUCACAGCAUCUAUUUGUGAACAAUUCUCAAUGUUGAGCCUUUCUGGCGGGGGAGCAUAUGAAAACAUCAGUCCCAAGAUGGGGACAGUAUACUACCUCAAUUAUACACAUGAUGAAUGGCCAGUUAAACACCCUCUCAAUAUGUGUAAACAUGUAUACAAGGUACCAUUUGUUUUGUAAUUGCAUAUUUGGUAGUUAUUAUCCAAAAAAUCUGAAAUGUUGGUAAGGCCACAACAUAUUGAGUGGCCUAAUCAGUACAUUAUAUAUACAUAAACAAAAAAACUGGAGAAACUUAGCGGGUGAGGCAGCAUCUAUGGAGUGAAGGAAUAGGCGACGUUUCGGGUCGAGACCUUCAACUUUUUUGUCUACCUUCGAUUUUUCCAGCCAGCAUCUGCAGUUCUUUCUUAAACAUUAUAUAUACAUAAAUUGGCAUGGAGGUUUUUGUAUUAAUUCAAUAAUUCUGUGGUACCCAGGAGGCUUUCUCCUCAAAUAUGUAUGUGCACACAUUUCAGGUGAAUGAUAUUUAGGAGAUGAGAUAACUUGCAUGAUAAACCCUGUAAUGGGUAAAUUACAUCAGGACAUUGAAUGGUAUUUUGACCUUUGGUCUCAAACUUUCCACAUUUCCUGAAUAAUCAAAUUCACUGCAAUAAACUGCAUAGUGAUUUGGUGCCCUUGUUUCCUCUGUGAUUGGUUCAGCUAAAUUCUUGUUGGUAUUAUGCAUCAUAAAUCAGCAUUCAAUAUCUGUAAUGAUGGUUUAUUUAAAUUGUCAUUUAUAGUUGAGCAUUUAACAUGCCUGAUAGGCUAAAAAUAAUGGGCAAUUCUGUUGCGCACUUUGUGGCUAUAAUUGCAGGUAACGUUCAGAUUUGCAUCAUGAGUAAACAUCUAGUUUUUUGUAAUUGCAGAUUUUAUUUUGAGGGACAAAAGGCAAUUUUUGAUUGGAUCGUGAAUGUUGUGCAUGUGCUUAAAAUAUUGCUUUUUGAGAAGUAUUUCUACUUGCAGUGUAAUACAUACUUUAGUGCAAGUUUCUAUGCAUUAAAACAGUAUGAGCAUUAGUAUUUUUAUACUGAGCAAGAGGUUUGCUAGAGCAAGUUGAAAUACUGAGCUUCCAGUGGAUUUUUCUUGAAAUGUGCGCACUAACAUUGAUGUAUCAGUAUAUUGGUAUCAUUGUUGGAUAAUACGAGUUGAAUUUUCAGUUUAAUUAAGCUAAAAAUUUGUUUACAAUGUUCUAUUUAUAAUAUUGUGCAACUCUUUGAUCAUAAAAUAAAAGAUUUCCAAUGUAUAGUGACUUAAAGGCUAAAAUUGCUCUCACUAGCAAUAUAAAAUACCAGUUGAUAUAAAAUGUGUUUGUUUGUUCUAAAAGCAACUUUACAAAUGCUUUUCCCUGGCAUUGUGUACUGUGUUGUACAACUGAGCAUAAUUAUUUUGAACAACAUUCAUUGGUUAACAAUAAAAUUGUAAAAUCA